UGUAUUCUUAAUCAGGCAUAAAUAUCAGUGCAUUUUAGUGAGUUCAUCACUUUGACUUGGAAGAGCUGCAAACAUGAAGUUGUACCUUAGCCUCUUGGUGCUGGUUGGCCUCGUUGCCUUCUGCAUGUCUGCUCCUGCUGCUGAUAAUCUUGAAGACAAUCCAGCUGAUGAAAACCUCCUCGAAGACGUCGAAGCUCCUGAAACCGAUGAAAUUCAAAAUGACGAGGAUCUAGACAAGAAUGCUGAAGAAAGCGAGGACGAAGCGCAAGAGGACGAGAAUCCUGUCGAAAAUGCUGUAGAGGAAAACAACGUCGAGGACGUGGAGGAUACAGCUGAAAAUGAUCCUAGAAGAAGAUCGAGACGAAGACCUUCGUGGUGCAGAAGACAAAUUCUUGCCUAUAGUAGACUUUGUUUGAGAAGCCCAUGCCGACGUUAUUCUCGUUAUUGCAAACAGCUACGUGUAACCGUAAGAAGAUGUCGGUGUCUUUGUCGUGGAUGUAGAAGAAUCUGCAUCAAGCGUUACCGCAGCUCUAGGCUCUCUUUUAGCCUUCGUCUGCAUAUGCGAAAUAAAUGCCUCGGAAGGUGCUUGAGAGUAUGUUAAAUACUUUAGGGGCUGGUUUACACUUCACAAAGACAACAGUCGCAUGACGCACCUUGAUAAAUAUUUCAGAUUAUUUUAAGAAGCUCGCAUAAUUUGUGUCAUAAUACAGCAGGAUAGAGAAUCACAGGUACUUUGUACUAUCAGUCUUUAGAAUUCAACAACAAAUAGUCGUCCGCUCUUAUUGGUGGAUAGUCGACCACGUGACGCGAUUCUGCACGCUGUGAAUGGCAACUAUCAGUACAUAUAGAGGCCACCGCUUCAGAAAAUAAUGUCGUUGAAUAGUAAAAACGUACAGAAGGGCAACUGAAAUCUCGUGCAUCCCAGUUUUGGCGGGCAGCUAUCACAGAAUAAUGAUUUCGAUUCAACUAAUCUCGUAUUUUUUAAAUAAGAUUAUCAUUAUCAAUACUGACGGAAACAAUCUUGCAAUUUAAUAUUCCAAUUUACUAAAGUUGGCAAAAGUUAUUUUCACAAUUUCCUCAAUUUGGAAUUUUGGUAGUUAUCGAAAAUAGACCAAUAGUUUGCCAACCUCAGUACAAAGGUUUCAUAUAUUGAAGUAUUCUUCACUAUUCGUAGAAAUUAUCUUUUUUUAUGUCUAGCAUAAAUGAAGUGUACCGAAAGUGUAAACCAGCCUUUAGGUCUAGUGAAUCGCAAUGCACUCUAUAUCAACCACAAAAUAAUGGUUUAGAUUACCUGAAUUUAAACCUAACUAAUUUUCCAAAUAUUCUUAUCAAUCCCAGUAAAGUUAGGAACUUUACAGCUCUCUGGCUCAUAGUGCAUUGUGAUUAACAAGGUUUCCUUACAGAACAGGAUCGGAAAACGGUUUUUGAAACAUAUGUAGGACAGCACUAAACAAGUUUAGAAAUAAUUAAUGUACAAUGUAGUUUUACAAGACGUGGUGCUCUUGGCUUUCAUAUAACAUCGUCUAAGUACUAGAAUCAGGAUAUUUUCAAUGCAGACCGACAGCAUUUGUAACUGCUCUGUUUUGUACGGCCUGAUCGUACUCUUACAACUGAGACUUGCUUCAAACGGCGAAAAUGGGAAGGAGGCAUUUGACAAAGAAACGAAAUUCCUUGCAGCUAAAAUAACUUGUGGUCUUGAAAAUAUUUUGAUCGCUAUUUUACUUUGGUUAAUUUGUUAAUAGGCUUGGGUACAUGGUGAUAAAUAUAAUCAGUUAUCAAUAUAGCUAAUAGUUAGGAUUUAACACUCAAAAGGUUGUAAACUUAAUGCAAUCAAUUAUAGUUGUUUUUCACAAAUUAAAGCAUUGGAAAAACG